AUGUCCCCAUCCCUCCCUCCAAUCUCCUCCCUCCCCCACUCCCCCGACUCAACCCUGACCACAACCCUCGACCUCCUCUUCGAACCCAGCCCCGCCCUGCACAUCCUCACCCUCCCCGUCCUGCGCAGCACAACCUUCCCUUCCUACGCCAUCCUCAUCACCGCCAUCGGAACCCAACUGCGCGCUCUAGCCGCCUCGUCCACCCCGGACGACGCACAGCGCCUACAAGACAUAUUAAGCGCGCAUCCGCGGCUGGGCGCGAAGAAAGUAGAAAGCGAGCAGAGUAGGGCUGAGCAGGCGAAUUUGGCAGGCGAGGGCGAGGAACUAAAGGUGUUGAAUGAGGAGUAUGAGGCUGUGUUUCCGGGCUUGAGAUAUGUCGUCUUCGUAAACGGCCGCUCACGCCCGGAAAUCAUGCAAAACAUGCGUGAUCGCAUUGCGCGCGCCGAUAUCGCGGCCGAGCGGCAAGAAGCUAUCCAGGCCAUGUGCGACAUUGCGCUUGAUCGUGCGGCCAAGUUGCAAUAA